AUGGCCCUCAUCGACCUGACGGCCAUUAUCACGCCCAAAUCACCCGAGAAGGGCCUGAGAUUUCUUGCCCUCUUCGAGGCAUGUGUAUCCUAUACCGAGAAGUACGAACGCGGCUACGUGUACCGUUACGAACUGCACAAGGGCAUCCCGGAUAAGAACGGAAAGGAACAGUUUGUCGUGCUUGAAAGUUACAAGGACGAGGAUGGAAUGCAAAAGCACAUGAAGUCGCCGCCGGUGCUGGAGCUGGUCGAGCGCGGUGCAAAGGAGGACCUGACGGAUGUGCAAGUCAUACUGACGACCAAAGGAGCAGGUAUUUCGUCCAAGCUCUGA